AUAAGCACUAAUCACGCGCUCGCAUUCACCCAACCCAACAUUAGAAACCUAAACCCAUCAAGAAACAUCCUCUGCCUCACCACUCCCCCUUUACCGCACUCUGUUCAAAUGCUACUCUGAAAACUCCCGACUUUAUUCCCUCUCCAUAAUGUCCUCCUUAAUUUCCAGAAUCCCCUCCAAUCCCCUCACUCGAGCGCUUUUCUGCCGGACCCUCUGCACCGCCUCCCAGACCCCAAGUCAGAAGCUUGAACGGAUUGCCGACGAGCUCUUGGACCUAAACAAGAUCGAGCGCCAUGAUUAUGUCAUCCUAUUGCGCUAUAAAAUGGGCCUCAAUCGCUAUGGCCCCGCGGCCUCCGCACCCGGAUUGCAAUCCCCUUCGUCGGCCGGCGGCGGCGCAUCGGCCGCCCCCCCGGCAGCCAAAGAGAAAACUGCGUUCGAUGUGAAAUUGGAGAAAUUCGACGCCGCAGCGAAGCUUAAGGUGAUUAAGGAGAUUAGGGCUUUCACGGAUUUAGGUCUGAAGGAGGCUAAGGAUUUGGUGGAGAAAACGCCGGCCGUGGUGAAGAAGGGGGUUACGAAGGAGGAGGCUGAGAAGAUUAUGGCGAAGCUCAAGGAAGUUGGUGCUACUGUGGUAUUGGAGUGAAGUGAAUCAGACUUGUGAACAAUUUUAGCUUUAUCCCCUGAGAGUGGUUUUACUUUGCUGUGGAAUGCAAUGGAUGUUUAUUCAUGAAGAGAAAUGAAAUGUAUGCACAUUAAGUUCAGUUGUUCACUGUUGAUCGUUAUCUGAAGCAAUAGCAGUAGAAUUGAUAUUGAGUUUUUCUUAGUUUUGAAAGAUGGGUCUUUGAAUUAUUUCAGCUUGAGAUGGUAGUAAUAACUUUAAGGGUUAGACUGGCAGAUCAUGAAUUGUUCAUUGUAUCUGCAAUUCUGAGAUUCAACUUUUAAGUUUCUGACAUCAUGAAAUUCUCUCUUGCCAUCGGCAUCAUGGUUUCAUUCAGCUCAGCUACAAUGUAUUUACAUAAUAAGUCAUUCUGUUUAGCUUGUGUAUGAUAUAGUUUUUCCUGGUGGUUUAUGACCAAA